AUGUUGGGGGUGUGGGUGAAGGAUCGAGGCCGACCGGCGAAGGGCGUCCGUCCUGGGGGAAGGCGAGCGAUGGUGCUGCAGCGGCAGCGUGGAGAGAAAUGGGAGGAUAGCGCUGCGGCGGGGGAGAAAAAUGGGCGACGGGCUGCGUGGGUGCAAAUGGAGACCAUUGCCAUUCUUCGCCGGGCCAUUGCCGCGCUUGCCUAUUUCUGCGCGUCUUUGCUGUGCGACGCUGAGCCUCUCCCCCAGAGUCAGCGCGCUGCUGUCAACUGCCCAGCACAGGUGGGCCGUUUGCUGUACCUGCAGCGCUUGCCAGAUGCCUUCCCACUUGCAGCACCCGCUCCGCCAACGCUUCGGAAAUCAAUUGAGCACGCGAAUCAGAUUGGGGAAGGUCGUCUCUUAGUAGCUCGCAUUGCGCUGCUCUCUAAUGCGGUCCAGUCACACGUGAUGUUUCGGCUGAAGCGUGCAGGAGCAGGUGCACGUCGCCAUGGUUGGCUUUUGAUUGGCUCGGUGAACCUUACUCCCUCGCUCAAGCCCAUUCUGUGCCCGCGCGCCGCUUCGAGAAAUGAACGGUUCCGUGGGUACGGCAUGGACGGACACGGUCUCGACUCGCAUCGAAUUGUGCUCGGCGUUCACAGCUCUUUCACCCAACUUGCCGAGUUUAUGGCGGGUGCAUAUCCGAGGUCGUGGAAAGUCGAGCCGAAAAUGCGGUCGUCAAGUAUUGCCGGUGUUGCUGCCCAUACCUCCAGGGGCUUUGUUCAGACAGCCCGAUCAGCAUAA